UAACAGCUGUUCUGUUAAAAAUCUUUUUUGCUUUCGUUAACAUAAAAGAGAUAGUUAAAAAGUCUGUUACUAACUGCACAGAUGCGCUGUUAAUAACAUUGCAGCGAAUGUUAAAGUUUUCGGGCGCCUAACAUCAGAGAAAACAUAACGAAAAAAUAUACAAAGUUUUUGGUAAUACAUCAUCUGCAAGUAUUUAACAGACAAUCCGUAAGCAAUGUCAAGCUUACAACGAACAAUGCUUAAGUCCAAAUUGCCACCCACCAUUCCGGGUGGCCGGAUUGGCAGAGCAGAUUCAUUUAAGAAGUCACGAAUUAGGGACUACAAGCCAUGUAUGUGGAACGAGUUCUUCACCGAGAAGGAAGACGUAGUCGUGGACGAGCAACGAUUAUUUCGGGUCUAUCGUACUAAAAAACCCGAGAAGCCCGGCCCUGUAUUGCUGUUGUUGCACGGUGGGGGCUAUUCUGCGCUUACCUGGGCGCACUUUUGUGCGGAAGUGACAAGCAUGAUUCACUGUCAGUGUCUGUGCGUCGACCUUCGAGGACACGGGGACAGUAGAGUGGAUGAUGAAGACGACUUGUCGGCGGACACACUAUCAAAGGACAUUGGUGAUCUGAUCAUGAAGCUUUAUCCCGAGGAGGUGCCACAAAUCUAUGUGGUUGGUCACUCAAUGGGCGGGGCAAUUGCUGUGCACUUUGCUCAUAUGGCAUUGGUGCCGAGUCUGAUUGGCAUCACCGUAAUCGAUGUGGUCGAGGGCACGGCUAUGGAAGCUUUGGCCAGUAUGCAAAGCUUUCUGCGCUCGCGUCCCAAGUAUUUUCAGAGUAUACCGAAUGCCAUUGAGUGGUGCAUACGUAGCGGACAGGUGCGGAAUGUGGACAGUGCUAAAGUCUCAAUGCCUGGACAGAUAAUUAACUGUACAACGAAUAAAUUGGCAACGAAUGAUCUUCCCCUGCCGGACGAAGUGCUAGAGGAGGCGCAUCACACAAGCAUGUUUCCCAAUGCAUUCAGUAUUUCUGAAGAUGAAGAGGUGGGCAAUGCUGGCGAAGAUGGAGCUGAAAGCGUAGACUUCAAGAAGCCCACAACGACUAAAGCUGCAACAGAUGCGGCCAAGAACUAUACCUGGCGUAUCGAUCUGGCUAAAUCGGAAAAAUAUUGGGUCGGCUGGUUCUCGGGUCUCAGCGACAAGUUCCUUAAUUUACGAUUACCCAAACAGUUGCUCCUGGCCAGCAUUGAUGGCCUUGAUCGCACCCUUACCGUAGGCCAGAUGCAGGGACGCUUCCAGAUGCAAGUGUUGGCACGCUGCGGUCACGCCGUACACGAGGACCGUCCACACGAGGUAGCUGAGGUCAUUAGCGGCUAUUUGAUACGCAAUCGUUUCGCCGAAGCCGCAGGCGAGUUCCGAUGCCACAUGCCAUCCUGUUAAUCCACGAUCUUGUACAAUUGUAGCACAAAAUGUCUAUUUUUAAAUGGAGCAUAGAUGUGUAUACCUAUAUAUAUAUAUAUACACGCACGGAAACAUAAGAAAUAGGAACAGGAUAUUCUAGCCGUAUUAUCUAUAUAUUUAAACAUAUACUCCAAUAAUUUAUUCGAUUACUUAAACAAAUUCAUAUGUAUUUUCAAUCGUGUAGUGUGCGCUCAUUUUGCCAAAUGCCCAAUAGCGAGCGCUCGUAAUUUCAUUGAGUUGCGCUUCUUAAAUUAUUAAGCUGUGUGGGUUCUUUUCUGUAUCAAAUAUGUGCCACGAAUCAAAUUAAACUUAUACAAAACGAUUAUAUAU